GGAGUAUCACAACUUUACGCUUAAAUACUCCUCGUUUGCGCCCCAUACCCCUCUGCCCCCUUCUCUCAUUUCCUCACACCUUCUUCAUUUGCCGCCACACACAUUCCUCCUCCUCCGUCACACCUUCUCCUCCAUCCAGGUUGCGGGAAGAUGGGAGCUGGCGGCCGAACCUCUGUUCCUCCUUCAAACAGGACGGUCGAGGCUGACUAUGCGAAGCGAGUUCCGCAUGAAAAACCUCCCUUCAGUCUCAGCCAAGUCAAGAAGGCCAUCCCACCUCACUGUUUUCAGCGUUCUGUUAUCCGCUCAUUCUCCUAUGUUGUCUAUGAUCUCACCAUAGCCUUUUGCCUCUACUAUGCUGCCACCAAUUACUUCCACAAACUCUCUUCCCCUUUAUUUUACUUGGCCUGGCUUCUCUAUGGGGCUGUCCAAGGUUGCAUCCUUACCGGUGUUUGGGUCAUCGCGCACGAAUGUGGCCACCAUGCAUUCAGUGAUUAUCAAUGGCUUGAUGAUACAGUUGGCCUUGUUCUCCACUCUGGCCUCUUGGUCCCUUACUUUUCAUGGAAAUACAGCCACCGUCGCCACCACUCCAACACCGGUUCCCUUGAUAGGGAUGAAGUCUUUGUGCCAAAGAAGAAGUCUAGUAUUGCAUGGUGGUCUAAGUACCUUAAUAACCCACUAGGAAGAGUCCUCACACUCACUAUUACCCUCACCCUUGGUUGGCCACUUUACUUGGCUUUUAAUGUCUCGGGAAGGCCUUACGAUAGGUUUGCUUGCCACUAUGACCCAUAUGGUCCAAUCUACUCCAAUCGCGAACGACUUCAAAUAUACAUAUCAGAUGCUGGAGUGCUUGCAGUUUCCUAUGGUCUUAUCCGUCUUGUCAUGGCAAAAGGCCUUGCCUGGGUUGUGGCUGUUUAUGGUGUUCCAUUGCUAGUGGUCAAUGGAUUCUUGGUGUUGAUCACAUAUUUGCAGCACACUCACCCUGCAUUGCCACAUUACGAUUCAUCUGAGUGGGACUGGUUGAGGGGAGCAUUGGCGACCGUGGACAGAGACUAUGGAAUCCUGAACAAGGUCUUCCAUAACAUCACUGACACACAUGUGGCACAUCACUUGUUCUCCACAAUGCCGCAUUACCAUGCAAUGGAGGCUACAAAUGCAAUAAAACCAAUUUUGGGAGAGUAUUAUCGGUUGUGCUCAGAAUAA